CUGUUGAUUCACACUGCUCGUCAGUAAUAAACGCGUCGUAUAGAGAACCGGAUCGCAGAGACACGCGUGGAGUAUCAGUUCCUGCAUUCGACGGACACUGCUCUGUCGUUUUUCCUUUCUUCUAUUUAAAACAGAAAGCUGAUUUUCCGUGCGCUUCAAUGUCAACAUUGAAAAGAGGACCUAUAAUUUCGGCUUCUUGAACGACUCUGAAGCGCGAAACGCCUGGAGAUACGCAAGAGCGAGAGAAGUGAUCGAGAAAUAAACCGACCGCUCGAGUUCAGAGAGCACAUGCUGAGGAGACGAAGAUCGGCGCAUGCGGAUAUACAUGUGUCACCAUGAGACCGUGGAUGAAUAAGUCCCUCAGCUUUGGAAUUCUAGGGCUCUUCCUGAUCGCCCUUGGUGGUGCCCUCUGUUUCCUAUGGCCGACAGUCUUCCAUCAGAUUCUUCAAAAAGAAUUAGCUCUCUCGCCAACUUCCAAGAGCUUUGAAAUAUGGAAGGAUACUAGUAAACUCCCGCCGAUGAUUUUGAAAAUAUAUCUUUUCAACUGGACCAAUCCGCAUGAAUUGUAUGUAAGGAAACCGCAUUUCACACAGCUUGGACCAUACAGCUUCAGGGAAGUAAGACAAAAGGACAACAUUAAAUUUCAUCAUGAGAACAAAACUGUUAGCUAUUUCCAACGACGGUAUUGGUACUUCGACGCGGAGCACACCAAUGGAAGUCUUAGCGACAUCGUCACCAAUUUGGACCCCGUCGUUGCGUCUGCAGUGCACAAAAUUCGAUACUGGGAAGCCGAAUGGCAGAACUCAUUAUCUAUACUCUUGACUACUACUGGUCGGCGAGUCCACAACAGUAAAACGGUGAACGAAAUGCUAUUUGCAGGUUACUCCGACAAUCUACUCACCAUGAGCAAAAUGAUGCCCGUGGACGAUGUUCCGACUUAUGAUCGUUUCGGCUGGCUCUAUAUGAAAAAUGGCUCCAUUGAAAUGGAUGGACAUUUAAAUAUGGAAACAGGCGAAGAGGACAUCAGCCAAUUGGGAAUCCUAAGAAAGUGGAAUUAUAAAGACAGAACGAGAUAUUUCAAAAGUCCUUGUAAUGAUAUCGAAGGCAGUGCAGGUGAAUUUUGGCCACCUAACAGAACAAAGGAUGAUAUUAGUAUAUUCAGUGUAGACAUAUGCCGUCCGAUAAUCUACGAAUACGAGGGAACGGUUUCUUAUUUGGGCAUUGAGGCUUAUCGAUAUACUCUCGACAAGAAGACCCUCGGAAACGACACGAGACGACGUUUUCCACAUGAGCAAGUGAAAUUUUUCGAGCCAACCACAACAACCGAGGAUUUCUUCGCGGCCGAGCAUUCGGCCGAGAUGGGAUUCACCACGACCACCGAAAGUGCCUCGGACGAGCGCUCAUCCGAGAAGAGUUCGGACGAUUAUCCCGACGAUAAUCCGGAUAUCAUUAAUAUGGGUCAUUGUUACUGCAACGGCGAGUGCACGCCGUUGGGUUUAGUAAACACAACGUCGUGCCGUUACGGCGCGCCGGUAUUCAUCAGUCUACCUCACUUUUAUAAGUCUGAUCCUGUGCUUCUCGACCAAGUUGACGGGAUGUCACCCAACGACAAGGACCAUAGCUUCUCCAUCACCCUUGAACCCACGACAGGAAUUCCUUUAGAAGUAGCAGCCAGAUUGCAAAUUAAUCUUCUUCUACACCCAUCGAAACACGUGUCGCUCUACAGAGACGUGCCCAAGAUUUACAUGCCGAUGUUUUGGUUCGACCUAAAAGUACAAGUUAACGAGGAGAUGGCAUCUAAUUUAAAGAAAUUACUGGCACUUCCAAUAGUGAUGUUAAGUACUGGCAUAGCAAUGAUAGUUGUCGGAAUAUGUUUAAUUGGCAUCAUAGCGUUCCUGUAUCUCAAGAAGAAACGACGUACGUCUUUAAGGACUGCCGCGCCAGAAAAGACAGUCGAUGAACCGUCUGAGAAGAAAUCGGAAGUAUUGUACAUGGAUAAAACGGGCAGCAAUGAAGAAUCUAACGUCAGAUCCGAUCGCCGUUUGUAUGCGAAGCUUUACUGAAUGUCUCCACAGAGAGACCUAGAAUAAACAGUGUAGGAAAUGGACAAUUUUGACACUUAAAUUACUAAAUGGCAAUUUUUAUCAUGUCUCAGUCCUAUUAUAAAUAAUUGAGUCUAUUAUCCCAAGAUAUGUCUCAACGAAAUGUAAAAAGAAUGCAGAAUGUUUCACGUGUGCCUAUAUAAACAUGAUCGUAGGUAAUUCGAUGCAAUUUUUUACGUACUGACGUAUCUCAAUAUAUAUUUUGCAAAAAGUAAGUAAUUACAGAAAACAGAUGUUAAAAAACAAACAAGAUAUGAUGAUAAUUAUAUAUAACAGAUAUUUCUGCAUACAUAUAAUUAAAAUACAAUACGAUAUAAUUAUUAUCUACUUGAAUUGUAAAAUAAAUUGCAAAUCGAUUUUUUUUAAUUCGGUUAUUUUCCGAUUCAUUGCAAUGCUGAAAACGAAAUUGCCUUCAUCAUAAUGAACUGUAGAUAAUUCCCAAGCAAACACCAAGUUACAGUUAUAUAACUAUUAGUAAUAAAUAUAACUUAUUGUAAUUUUUUACUCAACAAUAUAAUUAUAUAAUAUGUGUGUUAACAUAUAACAAUUACAUUAUUGAGUGGGAAAUUACAACAAUUAUAACUAUAACUUGUUGUUUGCUGAGUUAUAUGUUAAUCUAUAGAAAAUUGUAAGCUAUUUUAUACUCUAUAAAUAUACAGUUACCGUCGUGAUUGAAUGUAAGCGAAUGGGAAGAUGAAAGAAAAGGUACAAAAAGCUUUAGAGUGACAAGCGUCGACAUUGCGAGAAACUCGAAUUUGUUUUUUCGCAAACAAUUGUGAAUUGUAUCUCUAUUAAAUUUAGACUUUUAGAUAUUGUUAAGAUACGCACUAGACAACGAAUUACGUCAAUAUUUAAGUGUGUAAGUGUUACGAGAUAUAUGUGUUAAGUGCAAUAUCUUAUUGCAAAUAUGCAAUGUAUAAUAUAUUACUCUUGCAUCGCAGAGUAUUGGUGACAUGCCUUGACGUUAAUUGUUAAUAUUGAUUAUUAUUAUAGGAUUAACUCGUACUAUCCAAAUAUUUAGACAUUAUAAAAUAAUAUAAUCUCAAGAUUAUAUUAUUAUUAUAUUAUGUUACGGCUUUCUUAUACGAAGCAGGCGUGAUAUUUGAUGUAAAAUCUAUCUUGCCUGUAGAAUUAGUAAAUUCUUCCAUAUGUAUGAUUUCUUUGACAUAUUAUCACUAUGCAGAACAAGCUUAUUUAAAAUUAUGUGCCAUUUUCUUUAUAAUGCCUCGCGGGAUAAGUUAUACAACAAAAUUUGUGAUAUACUUGGAAUUGCCUCAUUUUUAUUUGUACAAUAAAAAAGCAGCCGUUUAUAAGUGGCAAUAAAGUUUAGACUAAGCAUUAUGUAUUCGACUUGAGAGUCGUGAAAAAUGUUACCACUUCUAAUGUGACUUUAAGUGAGUACUAUCAAUGGUAUGUGAAAGUAUGUAUGUACAUGUAUUGUAUGUUUCUAUAUCAAAAUACAUUGAAUAUGUUCUAGUAGAAAAUUUUACACAUGUAUUUUAAUAAAAGAUCUAUAUCAUUUUAGAA